AUGUUCCCUCAAGUAUUCGGUGUGGUGAGUUACUCGAUCUGGAGAGCUUUGCCUAUUAUUUACAUAAACACGGUUUCAACUCUGAUUUAUACCUUCGGAGACCUCAUUGUGUUCUCUAUUAGUUUAGCUUUGAGUAAUUAUUUCAAGAUAUACAAUGCUCAAGUAUUCGCUCUCAAGCACAAAGACUUGACGUUGAAAGAAUGGAGACGACUGAGAUACAGAUACAUGAAACUUUGCGAAUUGGUUUACGAAGUUGACGACUGCUUGUGUCAUUUGUUAUGCCUUACUUUCUUAAUGCAUUUGUAUAUUCUUUGCGUGGAAAUUAAUCAAGGAAUGCUGUAA